AUGCGAGGUCUUUGCCACCCAGGCCCACGGGUGUGGACCAGCACCAUCACUGUUGAGCCUGGAGCAGAUCCUCAAGGCCCCGGCGGAGGAGCUGCCCUGCAGGCUUUGGGUCGUGGAGAGGUAGAGGAGUCCUUGACUUUCAGGCCUGAUGGGGCCAUCACAGAUCACGACCCCUUAAGGACAGGGUGCAGCGUAAGCUGGGGGCGUGUGGCUCCUGCAGCCUUGUCCUCCCCUCCCUCUCCCACUGCUCUGAGGCCUGCGGGCUCCACUGAGCCCACAGUCGGCCUGGUGUCUCCCAGGGGGUCCCUCUUCCUGCCUGGUGGCCCGCCCCUCCCCGGCCCUGCCUCUGUGCUCCCUGAGGCCCCAGCGGAAUGUGAGAGCAACGAGUCUCAGGCCCAGGAACCUGUGGCCAGUCAAGCAGGUCUGACAGCUGGAGAUGAAAGCGCACAGCAGGCCUGGGAGGGCUGGGGGAAGGCAGGGGAGGGAGAAGGAGCAGGGACAAAUGACCAGACUGCGCCCCCUUUCUUCCGAAACGGGGCUCGCACAGUAGUGUGUGUGGGAGGGGGAUUGGGAGACCUGGAGGUAGUCGAGUCAGGUGGGAGAGAAGGUUUCCGCAGGGGCCUGCUGGGGAGCUGCCAGGCCGGGAAGGAGGUGGUCCCCUCCUGGGGGCGCUCCCUUCGCGCGGAUCACCGGCUGGAGGAGGAGGGGCACCGCCCCCGGGGGUUUCCUGGGACCCGGCCGCCUGAGGGAGGGAGAGGCCGGCCCUCCCCGCGGGUGAGGGUGCAAUCGGAGGUGGGGGCCGGGGGCCCGGCCUCGGGCUGCGGGGGCCGGCCGGCGGCCGCCUGCGACUCGGCCCGGCGCGCUCUCCUGCCCGGCGGCGCUGCAUUCUCGGAGUCUCCACCAGAGGCUGCGGAGGAAGGAAGGGAUCCGUCCCUUGCACACUUCCCCCCUAGUCAGACACGCACACUCCCUCGCUCCCGCUCGCUCACUCCCUCGCUCUCCCUCGCUCUCUCGCUCACACACACACGCGCGCACCCGCCGCCGCGGCUCCCCCUCCGCGCCCGCUCUCCCCCGGAUUCUCCGGGCGCCCGGCAGCUCCGGACUCGCCGCCGCCCGCUCCGGGACUCCUGCCCCACGCAGCGUCCCGAGGCGGCACGACUGGGGGAGCCCCGGGCCGCUCCCCGAGGUAAGAGUGCGGGUGCGCGGGAGCCGGCCGAUCGCGCCGAGGGGCGCUGCCCAGGCGAAGGGAGCCCCCGGCAACCAGCGGCGCGGGGCGCCAGCCCUCCGGCGCUAGGGGAGCCCCGCGCCCGGCCCGCGCGCCCCCUCCUUUUGCGGGGCGGCAGGAGGGAGUUUCCCACGUCCAAAGUUUCCCCGCGCGGAGCCGACCCGCUCCUCGACCCGGAGCCUGCGCCCCCGCGCGCCCCCCACCGCGGCCCCGCGCCCCGGAGCCUCCGGGAACCUCUCGGGCCGAAGAGGGCAGCGCCGGGGGCCGAGGAGGCGGCGCACAGCUUCCGCGCGAGGCCGGGACCCCGGCGUCCCCAGCCCCCUGGUUCUGGGGGCUCUGUCCCCUGGCCCCUCCCAGAGGCGGGGUCCGGGCCGGGAACUACUGCGGGGCAGGAGCGUGUGCGCGCGAGUGUGUGUGUGCGAGGUCGUGCAGCGGCUGGGACACUCGGAGAUAGACUCAAGCCGUGGCGACACGCACGGCUGCAGCCACCUCAGGGGGAAAAGCGGGCCUGCGGGGACCCCCGCCGUUCCCACUGCGUGACCCUGCUGCUCUCGGACCGUCGGGCGGGCCCACGGACAGGACCAGAGGCUCCAGGCCAGGACGGCCCCAGGUCGCGGAAAGCCGGGCGCCCCCGCCGCCGGGCGCCGUUCAGGGCCGAGGGCCUGUCCGGGAGCCCCUUCGGGGGCGGCACCCCGGCGGCCGCGCAGAGGCCACCAUGUGACGUGGUGCCGCUCCAUCGUGCGACCGAGCGGCGGCGCCCUAUUGCGUCCCGUCCAUGCUUCUGGGCCUAG